AUGACUUCGGAAAGAAUCUUGGACGUUAUUGUUGUAGGAGCUGGAAUCAGUGGUCUAUCAGCUGCCAAGCUCUUACAUGAAUCUGGCCAAGAUGUACUGGUACUGGAGGCCAAUGAUCGAAUCGGAGGGCGUACAUGCAAUUUCUAUGACAAGGAAAUAGACUACACGGACUUGGGCGGGGCUUACAUGGGACCGACCCAGGAUCGCAUCUACAGACUAUCACAGGAACUUGGUGUGGACAACUUCCGUUGCAAUGACGAUGGUGAAGCCGUAGCGUACAAUAGGGGUAAAUGGCGACUAGUUUCAGGGCAAUACCCAGAUACGUGGAACCCUUUCAUCAGCUUGGAUCUAAAUCAUUUCUGGCACCUUAUUGAUAAGAUGGGCAAAAAGAUUCCAAUGGAUCAUCCUUGGGACUUUCCUGAGGCGGAGGAAUGGGAUAGCAUGACGGUCAAGGAAUGGGCCGAGAAGACAUUCUGGUUUCAACUGACCAGAGACUUCAUCACUGUCCACUGCUGCUGUGGGUUAUGCGCUGAAGACAAAGAUCUGUCACUCCUUUAUUUCCUAUGGUACAUCAAAGGGUGUUGUGGUUAUUUGCGGUACUCAUCCACACAGAAUGGUGCUCAGGAAAGGAAAUUUGUUGGAGGUAGCCAGAAAAUAUCUCUCAAAAUAGCAGAGCAGCUUGGAAAAGAUCGAGUCUAUUUGAGCAAUGCAGUAACCUGUGUCUCCCAGGAUGCUGGUUGUGUGACAGUUACCACAGCAACUGGUGACUCAUACAAGGCCAGGUAUAUAAUUGCAGCUCUUCCUCCUGCCAUGCUCAAUAAGAUUGCAUUUACUCCUAAUCUACCGUCACUCAGAAAUCAGCUGAACCAAAGGUAUCCAAUGGGGGCUGUGAUCAAGACUAUGAUGUACUAUGAACGGCCUUUCUGGAGAGACUCUGGUUAUUCUGGCUCAGUUUUGGCAGAUGGGAUUAUAUCAGAAAUACGAUAUGAUGGCAGUCAAACCUCCAAGGGGCACCAUCCUCUUGUUGGAUUCAUGUCUGGAGAUGGCGCCAAAGAGCAUUGUCAUCUUUCCAAAGAAGAGAGGAGAGACCGGAUAGCUCAGAGGUAUGCAAUAUUGUUGAAAAACGAUUUAGCUCUCAAGCCCAUUUUCUACGUUGAGAAGAACUGGAUGGAAGAGCCUUACAUUGGAGGAGGCUAUGUAGGAUUCACACCGCCUGGUGUUAUCACCAAGUACUGCAAGGUUCUACGAGAGCCAAUAGGUCGUCUUUACUUUGCUGGUACAGAGACGGCUACCAAAUGGUCUGGAUACAUGGAUGGAGCAGUACAGGCAGGGGAGAGGGCCGCAAGAGAGAUACUGCAUGCCAUGGGUAAGAUAAGUAAAGAUGAGAUCUGGCAAGAGGAACCAGAAGCUGAGGACAUGCCAGCUCUUCCAUUUGAGGAAACGUUCUUAGACAGACAUCUCCCUUCCGUGAGUGGCUUUCUCAGGUUUGUUGGAGCAUCUCUCUUUCUCUCUGCCAUGGGAGGGGCCCUAUGGAUGACGAAGGACACACUUCAAAGAAUCAUCAACUAACAGUAAUGUUUACGAAAAUGGCUCCACUAAUUGCAAGAGAAAGUAUUUCAACUGUUUUAGUAUCAUAACAUGCACUUCAUACCAUGUAAAUACGUUGUCAGGAAGCCAAGUGGCCAAAAGUGUUGGAAAAAAUAUUGUUUUUAAAUCAAGGCUAUUUAUCAACAGAGCCGCUUAUAUACACAGAAACAGACUAACUCUAUUUAAGUUGCGUGCUAGCCUAAAAAAGAAUCAUGUGCCGUAGUCCAAGUUGUCCAACUUAUUACACAGUCUAUGUUAUACUACUU